AGCGAGAAGCGAGCGACUCCGUGCCAGUGGAAUAGAUAGAUUCGCGCUGCCCUUUAAGUUUCCUUACACGACCAGACGCAUAAAAUUGAACUCCGGCCAGAAUGGCAGCGACAUUGCGAAGAUUCAAUGGCUUGAGAUUGCUAAAAUCUACGCCAGCUUUGAAUCUGCAACAGGCCAAGAACCUGUCCUCCGCUUCAAGCUGGGCAAGCAACAACAAAAAGCUGAUCGGUGCCAUCGGCGCUGUUACCGGCGGCGUUGGUGCUCUGUUGUUUGCUCUGGAGCAAUCGGUGGAGGCUUCUGGCACUGAAGUGCACGCACCCGCUCAGCCCUGGUCCCAUAGGGGUCUGUUCUCCUCGCUGGAUCACCAGAGCAUUCGUCGCGGCUAUGAGGUGUACAAGCAGGUGUGCUCUGCUUGCCACUCGAUGCAAUAUAUUGCCUACCGCAAUCUGGUUGGCGUCAGCCAUACCGAAGAACAGGCCAAGGCCGAGGCUGAGCAGAUCACGGUGAGAGACGGUCCCGAUGAUACCGGCAACUACUUUGACCGUCCCGGCAAGCUGUCGGACUACUUCCCAUCGCCGUAUCCCAAUGAGGAAGCGGCUCGUGCUGCCAACAACGGUGCUUAUCCACCAGAUUUGAGCUACAUCGUUUCGGCUCGCAAGGGUGGCGAGGAUUACAUCUUUUCGCUAUUAACUGGCUACCAUGAUGCGCCAGCUGGCGUCGUGCUACGCGAGGGCCAGUACUUCAAUCCGUACUUCCCUGGCGGUGCCAUAUCCAUGGCCCAGGUCUUGUACAAUGAGGUAAUUGAGUAUGAGGAUGGCACACCACCAACACAAAGUCAAUUGGCCAAGGAUGUGGCCACGUUCCUCAAGUGGACAUCGGAGCCGGAGCACGAUGAGCGCAAGCAGCUGCUGAUCAAGGUGAUUGGCAUUCUUGGCUUCCUGACUGCCAUCUCGUAUUACAUUAAGCGGCACAAGUGGUCCGCGCUCAAGUCCCGAAAGAUCGUCUUUGUGCCCAAGGAGAAGUAGAGAAUUGUUUGAAUUUGAUUUGGCGUGAAGAACUGCAGUGUUAAUGCGACUUUAUCGACUAAUAAAAAAUAAAUCAAGUUUAAGCAUAAA